AUGCAAACGACACUGACACUAAGUGUAAGGUGUAAGGUGCCAAAAUAUAACAACUCGACGACCUCUCCUCAACAACUACAAUCCAUUCGUCGACAUAAAAAACCUUCCGUCAUGACAUUCUCCCGACAUCGAGUGAGUAUUCAAACAUGUUGUGGAGUGCUCGAAUUGACCUGGAUGAAAGCAUUGGCUGUGUUGGGAAUGGUGAUGUGUGCCUUCACAUUUUUUGUCUUGUUGGCAUUGCUCAUUUUUGGACAAAAUUCAAGUGCUCAUCAGGACAUUGCCAUUUUAGUGGCACGAUCUGAAAUCAUGUUGUAUCAGGCAUGGAUUGAUGCGUAUACUCUUGUGGCUGCCUAUUCACACAAUGCAUCUUACAUGUCGUAUUAUAACAAUUAUAAGUACACAGUGAAAAAUUUAACCAAUUACUUGUUUGAUACCAUUCCAAGAGAUAUUUACAAUGUUUCGUAUGCAGAAGAUGUCACACGAGAUUUGGAAAUUUCAAAUGAAAUUGCUGCAACAUUGAUAGCGAAUGGAAAUUUCACACAGGCAGUACAAAUGUUGACUUCGGAUCGAUUUUUAAGGGAACGAAGUGCAUAUGGUACUCUGCUUGAUUCCUUAUUACACUACAUUUUAACAACUCAGCAAAAAGCAAUUGAAUCGAGUGAAAUUGCCAUGCUCACUUCUCUCAUUUAUCUUUCGGUAGCUAUUGCAAUUACAGUUCCAGCAAUUGCUUUCAUUUUAGGAUUUGCCAUUAAUAGAGAUGGAAUUUAUCAACAACGUCUGCAAAGAGCUAGAGCCAUUGAAUUGCAAGAUACGAUGAAUAAUCCAAAAUUGAAAGCUCUUUUCAAGAAACAUUGUAUUAAGGAAUUGAAUCAAGAAAAUUUCGAUUUUUUAGAACAAGUUGAUGUCUAUAAGAAAUUGUGUGAACAUUUAUUUGAAUUGGUACAUUCAGAUGACGAAGUUUCGACCAAUUCUGGGACACGAGUUUGCAUUCGCACAUUGGCUGGCACUAGUUCCAAUUCAUUGAGCACUCUGGAUACUUCCAAAAAAAGACAACGUUCCAUGUCCUCAGCCACAGAAUUGGGUAAUGAAAUUGAACAAGUAGAAGCUCGAAAAUAUUCUCUCGUGAAAGACAUUUACAACACAUUUUUAGAUGUGAAUGGAAUGAAAUCGUUGAAUAUAACUAAAAGUUCAGCAGAGGUCGUUAAGAAUGCUUUACAACAAUAUGAAGAUAAGACCAUUCAUUCAUUGAGUGAUUCUUUGUUUGAUUCAUUGGAGAGGGACAUUUCCAUUACCUUGUUGGAUUCACAUUUCAGAUUCAAACAAAGUAUGGACUUUUUGAAGGAAAUGAAAAUUAAAAAGAUUCAUGACUUGAAGACUAAUAAUAAUGACAACAAGAAUCACCACGAGAAGAAGUAA